CAUUGAUUUAUUCUUUAGUUGUGAAUUGAUUUCGGAUUGGCGGCGGCGUGUAAAAUGAGUUUGAACGAACCGUUGAUAGAUAGAAAAGAAGAUGUUUAUUCUAUUCUUCGAACUUAUUACUACCAGUUUCCUCGAUUUGGGGGAGACUUGAAUACUCCACGUCCUGCAGCUUGUUUCUCCCCUCACAUUUUUGGGGCGGGCAAGAGUUGUGUUGGUGAAAAUUUUUUAAAGUUUUUAAAAAAAUUCGCCGACGAAGAAGAAGAGCAGACGAAGACAGAGGUUUUCAACAAGAGCUCAUCGGGAAAAGUUGAUUUGAAGAUUUUUUCUUGGAAACACUUUGCGGAAAACACUUUGUCAGUUUGCUUUAAACUAGGAGAGAGCUUUUCUCGUGCUCCUUUUCCAAGGUUUCUAGACGCUUUGAUGUAUAACAUAGUUUUUAGAGCCUUUCGUCAAAAUGGAAGAAGAAAAGAUGCCGCUCACGUUGCUUCAACGAUAGUCAAGGACCACAACUUGGACGAUAUCAUAGAUUAUCUUCUCGAACAAUUUCAGAAACAAUAUUUAUUUUUGAUGAUAGACGAACUUAGCCACCUAAGUGACCUCACCGCAUACUAUAGUGAACUUACCAUGAAACAGUUCGUCGAGUCCGAUCCUGGUUAUAUCCCGUAUCGCAAAUUUUUUCGAACUGUAUAUGAGUUGCUUAAUACAGGAAAAGUUAUCCUGUAUAUUGCUGGGCGAACUGCCGAAAUCUCAGCCCGCCUGUCUGAUGCUCGCUCCAGUAGAGUGAGUCUCCAUAUGUUGCGGUUGAAUCCGUUUAAUCUCCAUGAUAUUAACGAAUAUAUUGAGCUGGCAACUUAUGAUGGAAAGUCCUUGAAGGACUGUUUAUUGCCCUCCGAUGAUUUACGAUAUCGAUUCGUAGAAUUGUUGAAGAAGAAGACAGGGGGUAUUCCGUUGAUUGUAAAGAAUACUUUACUAGCCCUAGUAGGGAAACUUGCAAACUUAUCUCAACCUGCUAUCAACGAUGACAAUAUGGAAUUUUUAUUAGAUGGUGUCUUUGCAGAUAUACUAAAUGAGUCGGGAACUUUUAUUAUUCCGGAGAUACUAGAUUCCGCAACCCUUCUUCGAUAUCAAUUUGUCCUUUUGAGUUAUCAACUCGGAACGAUUUUCCCAAUCGGAUUUGCAACUACUCUAUGUGGAACGAGAACUUAUUUGAUGGACUUGGUUGCAACUUUUGGGUUUUAUUCUGAAAUUUGUGAAACUGACGGGAUUGAUUUGGGCACUAAGUUCAAGAUUGGUUGUUGUGAAUUUAUAUUGCGAGCUCAUAGCAACUAUAACUUUUUCCGUGAGGCUACUGAACUCUUUCCUUUAUCUCCGUUUAGUUAUAUUCCCGACACUUCAACAGCAAAAGGAGUCUUCUUUGAAUUUGUAUUUAUGAAGAUCUUUUGCUUUCGCUUAUUAACUUUUCUUCAUUCUAGUUCCUCGCCUAUUGUACAUUCUGCUAUUCCAGGAAUUUUCCAGGGUUCUUUAUUGAACAGGACAAUGUUUCUUAUUC